AUACACUCGUAAAUCUCUGCGCAAUCCCUUCUCCGCGACAAAAGAAACAUGUCUGGACGGGGUAAGGGCGGCAAGGGUCUGGGCAAAGGAGGCGCGAAGCGCCACCGCAAAGUUCUCCGAGACAACAUCCAAGGCAUUACGAAGCCGGCGAUCCGACGGCUGGCGAGGCGUGGCGGCGUAAAGCGUAUCAGCGGUCUGAUCUACGAGGAGACGCGCGGGGUUCUGAAGAUCUUUCUCGAGAAUGUCAUACGCGAUGCGGUCACAUAUACGGAGCACGCUCGCCGGAAGACUGUUACGGCCAUGGAUGUUGUGUACGCGCUCAAGCGCCAGGGACGCACCCUUUAUGGAUUUGGGGGGUAGAAAGCUAGCGUUUUUGGCUGGGGGGAGCUUUUGGAUGUGUGUGUUUUUACUGCUUUAGCUUAAUCGUAUUGUAAUUUUUUACUUUUGUUUCAAGCUUAAAUGAUAACGAAAGGAGUUUUAUGAUCUA